CAGACUCGGACUAGAAUUUGAACUUGGAAAAAUGUCGACUCAAUUUCACGACGAGCCCGACGAAGACGACAACAGCUCCUUCUGGAACAAAGACCCAGGUCCAGUCCAGUACUCGGUCUGGUCCAGGUAUCGACGAUGGCUGAUCCCAGGAUUAAUCACAACCUUCAUCCUCAUCCUCAUCCUCGCCUUUGGAGUCAGCAACUCGGGGCUGGCGUCUCGUUUGGGUUUUGUGGAGGAAUCUGCUCUGAACCUGAGUUUGUCUUUGAUCAACGCUCAGAAAGAAACUAAAGAUGCAGCUAAAGGCGUCCAGAGGCUCAGCUUUUCUGUGGAGAGCAACAAGGACCAGCUCAACUCAGUGGCAGAGUCGUUAAAGCAGCUCUCACAGUUGGAGGUUCUGUCCAAAACCGUGGCGGCUCUGAAAUGUGCCGUGGACCAGUUAAUCCACAACAAGACGGCCGCCUCCGGCUGCUGUCCGCUGGAGUGGGACACGUUUGAGACGUCGUGUUUCUUAUUCAGCAAAGUCUCCAUGUCGUGGCACGAAGCCCGAGACUGGUGCCACGCCCACCAGAGCCAGCUCCUCAUCCUCAACGCCGACAAGGACUGGGACUAUGUGGCCAGUCGGACUUCGGGCGUCCAUUACUGGAUCGGACUCACAGACGAGGGCGGCAAAUGGGAGUGGGUCAACGGAACUCCCUACACCAUCGACCGCAGGCGGUGGCGUCCCGGGCAGCCUGAUAACUGGGAAGGUCACGGUAUGGGGGCGGGGACGGAGGACUGCGCCCACCUCCACUCGGAGGGACGCCUCAACGACAUGCACUGCCUCGUACGAUUACGAUUCAUCUGCCACAAACGCAGCUAAUGCUAAACGCAGCUAAUGCUAAACGCUAACUUAAAUGUACCGCCUCGUAUUGUAAUAGUAAUAAAAUUCACUCAUGGCUUCGUCCUGGUAAGGUUUUCAUGUUAUUUCUUGAUGAGUCUGACGGCAGCAGAUACAGUCGAUGGAGCAGGAAGUGCGCCCAUGAUCACUUCCUGUUUGGAACGCGGCGGCUAGCAGGUUAGCUAUGUCCAUUUACAUAAACAGUCUAUGCUAUACCAGGAAGUAAAAUUAUAAACCUCGACAAAAUGCUCAAACUGGAGAAAACAAGGUAUUAAUGAAAGAUUAAAUAUAAAGAUGUUACGUUUGUGUGAACUUUGACCCCGUCAGGAGCCGUGUGGGGGGCUGUACGCUUUAGUCUGAGGGAGAAAACCAACUCAAAGUCUCCCAGACACAGGUAGAACAUGCAAACCCAACGUGGUGCAGGACUUGAACCCGAAACCCUCUUGUUGUGAGGUUGAAGUGCUAACCGCCUCAUUCACCCUAUAGAGUCAGUGAUUCAUUGCAAAAAUUGUUAAAAUAAAACUGUAUUAUUAUUAUUAUUUAAGUCAAACUCUCCAAACGUGCAAAAAGUGAACAUUUCCAAACAUUUAAAAUAAGAAAAAGUUGGAAAUAUGUCAAACAAAAGUGCAAAAACACACAAAAAUAUACAAAACACAACUUCACAGUGUUAAUAC